UUUACGAUGGCUGAUAUGUUCGAUGCUUCCAAGGUCCGCAUUAACAGCAGCAUGCUGGCUCAGAAUGUGGGCAGUCCCGUGUGCUUCGUUGGCCGGGUAGAUAAGGUUCACCCAACUGGGACAUCCAUUGUUCUAUCAGACGGGGCAGGCAAAAAUGCUACAGUUGAGUUUAAUGAACCGCUGGAGGAGGAGAUUUCUGGAAUUAUAGAAGUAAUUGGCAAAGUUACACCAAAAGCAACAAUCAUGGGAGUAUCUUAUUUCCCAUUUCGGGACGAUGUAAGCACUUUUGAUCUGGCCCUCUAUGAUGAAGCACUAAAAAUAAUCCAUGAAUUUCCUCAGUACUAUCCCUUUGGGCACAGUGCAAAUGAAUGAAGCAGAAUUAAAGACAAACUCAAGACUGAUAAAGACCUGUCUUUCUCCAAAAGCUCAGUGCAUGUUUCUGCAUGAACAUAACUUUGCGUCAACACAUCUAUGAAGAAAAUGAAGCUUGACCCUUUGUAAGCUAUAGUGCGUUAAGUAACUUGAGUACUUGUACCCCCUUAUUUGUAACUUUGUAUAAAUGCUUGCUUUGGAGUGGUCAACAAAUUGUUACAUAAGGAGACAGGGUGGAGCUUCAACUGUCAGAUCACUGAAUGUCUACUUGAGAUGUUAUUUCCAAUGUCAUUUCUGAAAUUUUUAUGAUGAUGUUUUCAUAGCCAACAUCAUAAUGUAUUGUAUUAAAUUUUUCUGAAUUGUACAUAUGUAUUUUCUUAGAAAAGCUUUUUUUUUUUUUUUUAAUAAAUGUGGCUCCUGGAGCAGUA